GUCUUUUCUCGAUUAAUUAAUGGUGAUAAGUCUUCUCCACUUCACCUGUCCUCUCUGAUUCCUCUCUCUCUCGAAGCGAAAAGAAAGGGGUCGCCUGAGAUCACAGACGAAGAUGGCGAAGGCCGUCGCGGUUCUCGGUAGCAGUGAUAGCGUCAAGGGCACCGUGUACUUCGCCCAGGAAGGGGAUGGUCCGACUACCGUGACUGGCACGAUUUCUGGACUCAAGCCUGGACUUCAUGGGUUCCAUGUUCAUGCUCUCGGUGACACCACCAAUGGUUGCAUGUCCACUGGGCCGCAUUUUAAUCCUGCGGGGAAGGAACAUGGAGCGCCGGACGAUGCGGGCCGCCACGCCGGCGAUCUUGGGAAUGUGAUCGCCGGGGAGGAUGGUACUGUCACUUUCUCCAUCACUGAUAGCCAGAUUCCCCUCUCCGGUCCAAAUUCCAUUAUCGGGAGGGCUGUUGUGGUCCAUGCCGAUCCAGAUGAUCUUGGAAAAGGUGGGCAUGAGCUGAGCAAGACCACUGGGAACGCUGGCGGAAGGGUUGCCUGUGAUCCGGUAUGCUGUCGCAACGUUGACGUGGAUCCUCAUCUCCUCCUCUCUCUAUAAACUCCAUCGAGGAGCCUUCUCCCUCCUACUCCGUUACCAGAUCCAAAGAGGAAGAGGGAUGACGCUGCUGUGCGUGCCGCUGGUGGCCAAGACGGUGGAGCAGAUGAUGGCCGACAUGGCCGCCGCCAAGGCCAGCGGCGCCGACCUCGUCGAGCUCCGGGUCGACCACCUCUCCGCCUUCCUCCCCGGCCGCGACCUCCCGCUCC